AUGCACGCGCUGUCGUUCGACUCGAACAAACCGCAUCCACUUUUUUGCGGUCGCCCCGUCCAACUAAUUUUGUUCCGAUUGGCAGCUUCAAUUGCAUUGCAGAUAAUGGAAGAAAUCAAUGGCUUUUCUCAAAUCUUGGAAUACGAACCAGGAGAAAAGAGCAACCGUUGUUCUAGAGACGUUAGUACUUCCCUAUUUCGUUUGCUGGAUACAGUGCUCACUACAUUGCACCGAAGUUUACUCGUACGCGCAAACUUUCUGCGUCAUUUUGCCACCGCCACCACUCACGUGAAAAGUGCUUGUGAAGAAGAUGAUCAAAUCGGUUGUUGCUUCGCUCAACUAAUUGAAACGUUGGACGCUGUUGAAGCUCAAUCACAAACGUCUUCCACGCCGAUUAAUCUGCGUCGGUUGAACACUCCGCUAUCCAAACUGAUUUACCUCCUCUCAUCAGAACCAAGUCUUUCUUGUUCCUCGGAGACCGGUGUGAUUUCAAACUACGCUUUGCGCCAUUUGGGCUAUUACCUGACCAGCUCGGAUUCUCUGCCAUCCUCUUCACCAGAACGUUGGAUCCUGUGUCCCGGGCCCAGAGUGUUCUGUUUACUUGGUAAUCACGUCAUCAGUCAGGUGCACUGUUUACAGGGCACUGAUGCAGCCGAGCGAUUCAUCAAAUCAAUUUGGUCCUGGUUUCUCAGUAGUCUUCAGUUCAACGUGUGCGACGUGUCCGACAGUCCGCUGGCCUUAGUGGAUGUGAAUUCAAACUUGCUUCAGUUGAUUUGUCUUCUGGCUGGUCAAAUUCCGGGACUAACGGCAAAAAAAUACCUUCUCUAUCAGUUGAUUUCCUGUUUCAAUCAAAUUGCCUCUCGAAUGGUAACCAGUACAAACUCCGCCCCUAUGGGUCGGUAUUAUCAUCUCUGUACUCGGCUGGUUGUUCUGCUUCGCUAUAUGUUGCAUCAUUUCUACGUACCUCCGACUCAUUUGUCCGAACAACUCAAAUCGGGUCUAACACUAGACCAGUCUGGAAAUCAAGCCAUCCACAUCUGGACCUAUGACAUAAUCCAAACAAGACAGUCCAAGAUUCUUGACCAAAUACGUCCUCAUCUGUUGGGAAGUUCUGCUCUACCACUUUUCUAUGAUUUGCUCACACCUGCUUCAGGUCACGAUAAAAAUUCGACGGAAAGCGCUGCACGUGGAAAGUGGAAUCUGCCUUCUCCGGAUGGACUGAUUCUUCCUCCAUCACUUGAUCUGGGCAUUGAACUACACGCACUGCUUGGGAAGCUGACUCGGCCGGAGCAAGAAUUAUCAGUGGAAUUUCCCAAAAUCGUUCGUUCCCCGUCGCGUUUGAUCUAUUUGGCUAUUUUGUUGGAUCGAAUCCAGGGAAAACCGACCAGCGUGGAGCCUCAGCUGAUCUCAGAUCUGGCUGGAAAUAACGCUUCGAAAAUUCAGCAUUAUCUCACGUUGAAUCCAAGUCAGGAACAAACGGCCACAAGAAAAGCCACUCAGACAGUACAUCAGUUGACGAUCGAAAUUUACCGUGCGGUCUGUGCAAGGUAUGGUAUUAGCGAAAAAUCUGCCAAAAAGGCUGACACUCUGGAAUUGCCCAGUGAAAUGCUGUCCUGUCCAUUCGCCCACCUAAAGGAUGUUCGAAGUUUUCUGUUGGCGUUAAAACAUCCUGUAGCCUCGGUGGCUAUGUUUUAUGAUCUGGCAGCGAGUCAUAUUCAUGAACUUCGGCCUACUGUCGAUUCCGAUGAGCCAGUAUGGGAUCAGAUGUCUCAAGGUCAAUUGGUGUACCUUUCUGGCCUUGUUCAUUUCAUCGCGGAAAUUUUGCCCUGUGUACUGUCCAGUGAAAAGCCGACCGUGAAACCAGUGCUAUCCACGAUUUCCAGUGAUUCGUCUGCUAAGCGCAAGCCGAAACAACGUACUCGACACGCCACUGGUAAGACGUCUACCUUGUCGGAAGGAACGGACGGUGCUCCGAUUGAAGCUGACCCCUCGGGAUCCACCACUGGCACGACUAGUGUGAAUGUCGAGGCGGUGGUCGAUGCACCACCACCACCGCCGCCACCACCACUACCUGCUCCUGGUCAACAACAGUCCUCGGAAGGCUCUUCAAACUCUGGACCGAUGGAUUUAUCUGAAAGUUCUGCAUCAAAGGAAGAGUCACCAAAAGCGGAAGAACUCUCGGAGCAACAACUUAAGCUGGUGCGUGAAAACACCGUUCGUUCUAGUGCUCGCCUACUGCUCGAUUGUGUUAGCCUUUUGACCAGUCUAGUACGUGCUCUCCGUCACGAACUGGGCUUUCCGGCCUGUUCGCGUGCCGGAGGAAAGACACCCACGGGUAUCUGUCCGAACAGUAUGACUCAACUCACUUUGCUCUGCCCCGAGCGUUUGGCCGGCACUGCGGGGACCGUCGGCUUUCCCGAUCGAUGGUUAAUCACAUUACCCGCUCGUCGCCGUUUAGCGAGCACUCUCCGACUGGCCAUGGCUCCAUAUAAAGAGGCGUUUGCCUUACUUUCCACCCUAACCCCGGAUCCGACAACCACGACCUGCGAGGAACCACAUACAACCCUGAACCCUACACUGUCACGAUCUUUGUUUGCCCACCUGUUUACUCAAUUCCGCAUGGCAUUAGAUUAUCUCACCACGGAUUCUGAAAACGACAACACCGAAACCAGUCCGAGUGAAUCCACCCGACUGGUCUCAUCAUUGCGUAUUCGACAGUUGUGCUUCCUCGCCAAAUGGCUGGACACGCUGACAAAACAGAUUGCCCAUAGAUUUUCCGGUCACAUUUCAACUAACCGCUCUGCAUUUGUGGAGUCCGAGGCUGAGAUUCGUUCAGCUCUCCAGUCGGCCUCGUGGCUUGCGUUAGACCCCGUUUCUAGUGCCAUUGGUUUGAAUCCGGUCGCGGGCACAUCUUCCAGUCCAUCUGUGGCUACCUGCUUGGCUUCGAUGCUCAUCAUAAUGGAUAUCGGAAAAACCACUCCAGACGCUUCAAUCGCCAGCUCCCAACUCUACGAUCGGUCGGUCGAUAUAGUUCUGCGUCAGUUGGAGGACCACCUAAUGAGCAGCGUGCUUGUUCUUGCCAAUCAAAGUAUGCGAUUUGGUCCUAUGGAAACCAAUUUCUCGCGAGUUUUAUCGUCCGUCUGUCGAGAAGCGUUUGGCUAUUUGGAAUUGGCCACUGGUCAUGCGCAUGUUGUCAAACGAUGCCUUUCUACCGUCAGUGCUCCGUCACCAAGUGCCACAGACUCUGCUGUUUCUGAUUCGAACCCCUAUCCUCUUUUGGACUUGUUUGUUUGUACCGUUCGGGAUCAGCAACAGUUGCUACAACAACAACAACAGCAGCAAAAGCUCAUACCUGUGUCUGACGCGGAUCACACAGAUUCAUCGCCCUCAUACACGUAUCAGAGCUGUGCCCUUCGCUUGCUCUGUGUAAUAUUACUCCGGGCCAUCAAUGCUCCUAGUAAGCGGCGUUCACUCUUUGCGGAGUUAUCCAAACGGGUAUUGGAACGCUCUGUGUCCGGAGGCAAUCGAUCCCUAAUGUCAUUCUGGCUUUCUAGUGUGGCAGGUCUCAAGAUUGCACCGAAUCUGUUCACAAGUUCCGAUCGGCCGUGGUUGGUUGAUUUCAUUGGUACACAGGCGGAUCAUCUAAACGAACCAGACCUUCAGGAAUCGGAGGAGUGGAAUCUGAGUGCGUCAAUAAAUAACGCGAUACGCUUCGGAUCUGGUCCAUCCGAGGUUCUCACAUCAUCGUACCUGACUCAGUGGAAUGCAUCCAGACGGCAUUUUCGUUUGGCACUCUAUUUCGAACGGCUCUCACGAUUGCUGGUAUCCCCAUGGCACGAGGAUGCUAAUGUGAUUCAUCAGCCAACUUUGUGCACUGCUCUUCGCGCGAUGUACGAAUACGUUACACUGGUGACGUACGCGUUGAACCCCAGUUUUCAGCUGGAUGAUGGCCAUUUGUUACCCGGGGAUCAUGCACCUGGUCUUGGUCGUCCACGGCUUGAUUUCAGUCAAUCUGUGCUUCGGGGUCAACCCAACCCGUCUUUGUUCUGGACUGAUUCGUCCGUGAUCUCCGCCGUUCGCAACUAUGCCCGAUUUUGUUCCGCUGUGCUCACCGGACACCAGACUGAUCGUGGUCGUGGCCGUCGAAAGACCGCCUCUUCCGAAGUUAAUCGCCUUUCCGCAUGCUAUGCAGCUGUUGGAUCAACGCAUCUUGGGUCAUCUGCAGAGAAUGUGGCAGACCCGGAGGAGGAAUUUUCCGGACCAGAACUCAUUAGUGAUUACGGUGUUGACGAUUGUUCUGUCGAAGAGUUUUACAUGACCUUACCUGGGCCCCAACUGAAUCAGGAAGUAUGCUCGUACACGGCCACUCAGCAAGCGUUUAUCGAUCAGCAUUGGUAUCAUUGCCAUUCAUGCCGGCUGGAGUACUCCGAGGGAGUGUGCUCUGUAUGCGCGCGCGUUUGUCACGCUGGUCAUGAUUUGUCCUAUGCAAAACACAGUACAUUCUUUUGUGACUGUGGAGCCUCCAAAGACCCCGUUCAGCGUUGUCGCGCUCUCUCUUGUCGAUUAAAAAAUCGCGGUGCGCGCCUGUUGCGUCGGUUUUCACGACAAGACAGAGUCACCCGAUUUGUGGAAGAUGAAAUGCUGGCAUUUUACGCACCGUGGUUAGCUGACGGAUUCUGUGACAGCAGUCGUUCGCCGCUUAUGCUCUCCGCAGUGCAAUCUACCUACGGGGAUUCGGAAGACAAUCGCAUGAGUGAUUUGUCUGACGGGGAAUCGCACGGUGUCAAUACACGUUCAGCUUCAAAAUCGAAAACAGCAAAGCUCCGAGUAAAGGAAACUCGUAGCUCACCCCUCCCGCCCACUGGUCAAAAGGUUCCAAACGCCCCUGCCAAAGUUACUUCCAGCGUGUCUGUCCUUGUUACGGAUGCUCCACAAACAGGUUCAUCCUCUACCCCCGGUCCUGAAUCCAUAAGACGUUUGCUCAGCAAUGUGCGGCGUUCCUCUGGCACAUUGCUCAUCCCUGAAUCGGCUGUAACCAGUACUGCUGUAGCCACGGGGGCUAGCAGUGUGUUACGUCGUGCCGGUGCUGUUCGCUACAAAUUGGCAUCAGCCGAUGCUCCCGGGGCUAAGUCGAGGAGUAAAUCCAACAGUGGAUCACAACAGACAGGUGAAGAUUCGUCUCAUCAGAGCCUGAAGCCAUCUGGGCGGACGAAUCAAGCAAGUGAUCAUUCUCGUCACUCUUCGCAUUCACAGCACGAACCGGUCGGUUUAGAUGUGACUACCUAUUCUCGACAGUGUCGUGUGCGAUGUGCUUGCAUCAGGCAGUUUUGGCAUCUUAUUGAUCGAAGCAUGGCCAUUCGUCUACCGGGGGUGGUCGAACCUGUUGACGAUGGUCUGCGUGACCGUGCCUGUCGUCUAUCCUCGGCUGGUUAUCUGUCGCUGUGUCUCGUUCCAGACGAACAAGUUCUCGUGGGUCGCAUUCGUGAGCAGAUGUCUGCACCUGGUGGCGAGAAAUACCGAUCAAAUCUGACAAUGGUCCUGACCACGUCCGAUAUGAUCACUAAAGCUGCCGCGUUUCUGUUGGAAUCCGACGAUAGGGGUAAGUUCUACUCUCCUACUCUCGAGUUGCCUUGUGACUCUUGUGAUCCGCAUUUGGGGGAUGAGGUUUCUCCCUAA